AUGGCGUCUAUACUUGCAGAGGCUGCCGUUAAAAAGCUUUGCGAAAUGGCCGUUCAACCAGUGCUUAAUGAGGUAAGCAUAGUGUGGAACUUCACGGAAGACUUUGAGUGGUUGAAGAAUCAAAUAGAGCAAACUAAUUAUUUUCUAAAUGAAGCUGAUGAGAAGAGCACUAGACAAAAAGAGUCUGUGAAAACAUGGCUUCACAGAGUUCGGGACGUUGCCUGGGAGGCAGAGGACAUACUUCAGAUAUGUGCUGUGGAUUCUAUGUAUGCUACUCAUACUCAGUUAUGCCGUCACCUGAUUCCUUGCUAUUUAUGGAAUCAAUUGAUUACUCGCUAUCAAAUGGGCAAAAGAAUUCAGAAGGUCAAAGCCCGAAUGAACUCUGUUAUUGCAGAUGGAAACCAGCUGAAUAUACGUCAUACUGUGGUGUCUCACAUAGAAGCAGCAGAAUCAUCAAGUAGCUCCCAGAGACAACAGUUUAAGAGAUUAAGUCUCCUGCCCAGCGAUUCAAAACCAGUGGGGAUACAGUCCAAGAUUGACAGCAUGGCUAAUUUGCUAGAAAACCCCCAAUUUCCAAUCAUUGUAGUGGUUGGAAUGGGGGGGAUGGGUAAAACCUAUCUUCUUCAGCAUGUCUACGACGCGGAAAAGGGAAGGUAUGAGAAAUCUGCAUGGCUUUCAGUUUCUCAGUUCUAUUCUGUUUCCAAGUUGCUCAGUGACUUGGCCUUUAAAUUAGAUGAAAAUUUAAGUAGGAGAAUUAAGGAGAGUGGAGUAAGUGAUGAAGUAGCAGCAGAGGAGAUUCAUAGCUUUAUCCAAGGGAAGAGGUGCCUUAUUGUUUUAGAUGAUGUUUGGAGGGCUACCAGAGAAGGUGAUUUGCUAAAGAAACUUGGCAUACCAACUGGAGAUACAAGCCAAUGCCAAAUUUUGGUUAGCACAAGAAACAGAGAGGUCGCUGUAAAUCUCAGUGCUGAGAUAUAUCAUAUGGAAUAUUUGACAGAUGAAGAGAGUUGGAGUCUGUUUUGUGCUCAUGCAUUUCCUAGGAGUGAGGAAAAUAGAGCGCCGGGGUACCUGGAGAAGGUCGCUCGUGAUAUAGAGAAGGAAUGUGGGAAAUUGCCACUUGCAAUCAAAACCACAGCAGCAUCUCUGGCGAGCACCACACUGCCAAGGGACUGGCACUUCAAGCUCGACAAGCUGAAAAAGGUAAGCACUCCAAGCGAUCCUGUCUUAGAUAUUCUCAAGUUGAGUUACGACACACUGCCUGCACAUUUAAAGGCUUGUUUUGCUUAUUUUUCCUUCUUUCCUGAGGAUGAGCAAAUAGAGUGCCAGUAUCUCAUGUAUCUAUGGAAGGGAGAAGGAUUCAUUCCGGCAGGAGAGAAACCAUGGGAUUGUUUGGAGCAGCUUGCCAAUCUCUGUCUGGUUGAAUUAUGGGAAGAUGAAUAUCUAGAUAAAUACUGUAAAAUUCAUGAUUUAUUGCUUGAUCUGAUCAUACUUAUAUGCAGAGAAAAUAAAUGUGCAUUCAGUGUAGAGGAUGCCUUCCCCAAAUUGAAAUCAGAGAAUACAGAUGGUGGUCGGUGGUGUCGCCUAUUUUUGGCUAAGAAAGAUAUUGAUGAGCAUGCCAUUUCAAAGAUGCAGCCUGGUUCUCCCAUGCUCGUUCGCACACUAUCACUGUCCUCCAAUUCUGUAAUUGGAGGAUACAUUCCGGCAAUGUUGUUUAGCGGUAUGAGAGUUCUGCGGGUUCUGGAUUUGAGCCACACAAAUAUCUCUACAUUGCCUGCUUGCGUGGGAAAGAUGAAACUUCUAAAAGUGUUGAAUUUAAGAUAUACAAAGAUUAGGAAGAUACCGGAGUGUGUGAGACGUCUUAAGAGUCUCUCUUAUCUUGAUGUCUAUAAAUGUGAAUUCAACCAGGCACCGGAAUGGAUAAGUGAACUGAGGUGUCUUCAGCAUUUGAAAGGCUCGUUUGAGCGAAUGCCGAAGGGAAUAUCAAAGUUAGAGUAUUUGGAAACACUGCAAACACCAUCACUUUCCUUGUCCAUGGAAGAAGACGGUGUGUUAAGGUUAGAGGAUGUUGGGAAGAUGAGUGAGCUUGAGGAAAUAGCGUUUAAUGUUGAGGAUGAAUCGCAGUUGAACGGGAUGGACGAAGGGAUCCUUGAGCCGUUGGUGAAGAUGCAUCGGCUGAAAGUCAACAAUGCAAUCCAUGGAAUGCAAGAUGAUUUUUUUCAUCCGCGGUUUCCGGAGAGAAUGAGUGUAAUGAGAGAUUUGGAACAUCUUAGACUAUGGAAGUUUGCUGUGCCAAGUUGGAUAUGUUGUUUGACAAAUCUCAGGUACCUUUUUUUAUUGAGUUGUCAUUGCAGUAAUUACCCGGAAUUACAAGCACUGCCCAAUCUAGUCAGUUUGAGGUUGAUAGUCAACAAUAACUGCAGAGAAUUGCCAAAGGCAUUUGGAAAGUCGGGCGGGUUUCCAAACCUCCGCUUCCUUAGGAUAACUGACUUCCCUGAAUUGGAGGAGUUUCCAGAAAUGGAGGAUGGAGCCAUGGCAUCCCUUGAGAAGUUGACUUUGUCUGAUUGUAGCAACUUAAAUAAAGUUGGAGAGGGAUUGGAGCAACUGAAAAGAGUCAAGGAGAUCAAUAUUCAAUCCUCCGGAACAAAUGAAUUGAGGGAGAGGUUGAGGGAAGAUGGAAGAUUUUGGAAAAAAAUCAAAGCCAUUAAUCCCUACCUAAAUAUUAACUUAUUUUUAUGA